UAAUCUGGGCCCCGUUUCAUCAACGAUCGCAUCGCAACUUUAAUGCCAAAAUAUCGCACAUUUCUUAUCGCAUCGCAAUUUGCGUUUCAUCAAAUAUCGCAUCGCCGAUUUGAGUUGCGAUAUUCGCACAUCGCCAAUAAUGAGGCUAUUUUGCGUUUCAUCAAAAAUCGCACAUCGCAAGAGCACCUGUUUUUUGCGAUAUUUUGCUUAAAACAUGCGAUCACACAAACCCAGUCGCAGACGGUAAAAAAAAUUCAAUAUGGCCGACGUGUUGUUUUUUUUUUAUGGAAAAUAACGCGAGAAGGACAGAGCGGGAGUUCCGGCCCCGUCUGGAGAUAGGCGGGGUUCGCGAUAUCGACUUUGUGAAUCGGUAUCGGGUAAACAGAACCACCGCACAGGAGCUAGUGGAGCUUCUGGGGCAGGAUCUUGCCAGAUCCGAACGUGGCGGAAAAACAAUUUCGCCAGAGACCAAGAUCCUCGUCAGCCUAAGAUUUCUUGCGAAAGGGGCAUUCUAUUCGGAACUAGCCGACACCCAUGGCAUCAGUCGCUCGAGCGUGUCCAGAACUGUGCAUAACUUUGUGGAGUCUGUCAACAACAACCUGGACAAUAUUAGGUUUCCAAUCGACAGAGAAGAUGUUGUAAAAGAGAAGAGGGCAUUUUACAACAAAUGUAGACUUCCGAAUCUUGUUGGAGCAGUGGAUGGGACCUUAAUCCCAAUCACUACUCCAACUGUAGAUGAGGAAGUCUACGUUUGUCGAAAAGGUUACCACGCCAUCAACUGCCAGGCGAUUGUAAACACAAGCUUGAAGUUCAUUAGUGUUGUGGCGAAAUGGCCGGGCUCUACCCAUGAUGGAGCGGUAUUUGAAAAUUCAAGAAUUAAGGUAAAAUAAAUAAUUCUUCAUGUAUCAAAUUUUAGUUACCAUA